AUGAUAUUAACUACCGUCCAAGCACAUGCAUCUAUUCAAUACAAUAUCAAAAAACGCACUCACGAUGAUGCUAAUUUGGAUUAUGACUAUGAAACUCAUAUUAAAGGAAAAAAUUUGGAAUGCGCGAACAUUCAGGAUAAUACAGGUGCUGCCACCUUCGCUGCUAUCAAUGCUAUGAAUAAUGGUGCCAUAGGAGGUGUAGCUGCGAAUCAAUUUGUAGGAAGAGCUCUUGCAGUAUAUAUUGUAUUGCAACAGAAGUAUAAAACUAAAGAAACAACACAAGUAUCAGUCGGUAAAAGUAGAAAUCCAUCGCAAAAAAAAGGAAAUGAUGGGUAUGGAAUCGCGCUGACGGGUACAAGUGUGACGCUAAAGCUCAAGAAUGGACAUUAUAUGUUUUAUAAAAUAAUACCGGCAGACGUUAAAUUGUCAGAAGAUGAGUUGCGUUCAAAAAUUUUAACAGCUUCAAAAAGAAUGAAUAGUUGUGAUAAUCAACAAGAGGUCAGUAAAAGUAAUAGUUCGAUAUCAGACGAAGAAGAAGUAGUAGAUACGGUAAAUAAGUAUAGGCAAGAUCUCUUGAACGAAGUAAUACCUAACAUCCCUACAAAAAAGUUAGCGGAUCAUGCAACACUGGAGAAGGUUGUGGAAGUGAAAUGA